UUGUUGUAUUGUAGGGGAGAAGGGGGCUAGUGUGGACAAGGGGUUAGUGUGGACACCUUGAAUAAAAUAAAAAUUAUUUUCUCAAAAUUCUUUCUGUUAAGUUUUUCAGAAUGGCAACAUCAACACACACUUCCAUGUGUAGUUGCAUAUCAAUACAUUUGAUAGUUUAGUAGCAUUUUACAAAAGAAGGUUUUCAUGGUGAAAAAGCAAUCAUGGUUCGCUCAUACCAACGUAAAACUGAUCGCUCUAAUCUGUCUGAAGAAAUUAUUGAAAAAGCUGUUAAAGAUGUAGUUUUAAACAACAAAAGCAUUCGAGAAGCUGCAAAACAAUAUAAUUUAACAAAAUCUAUGCUUCAUAAAAGAGUAAACAUAGCCAAAAGCCAAUGUAAGGAAUUUUCAGCAUGUAGUGUAGAAGAGAUUGAUGUUAAAACCACAAAAGUAAUUGGAAGAAAUAAAUAUCGAUGCCAUCAAGUAUUUACAGAUGAAGAAGAACUAUUACUCAGUGAAUAUUUUUUGACUUCUUCGAAAAUCCAUUAUGGAUUGACAUUUUUACAGGCAAGAGCACUGGCAUUUCAAUAUGCUGAAAAGCUUGGUAAAGCAAUGCCAAGCAGUUGGAAUGUGAAGGAAUGUGCUGGCAUUGAUUGGAUGCAAGCUUUUAUGAAGAGGCAUCCUGGACUUUCCUUACGUAAACCAGAAAAUACCAGUCUAUCCAGAGCAACAUCAUUUAAUAAAAAGAAUGUGGAUGAAUUUUUUGACAAUCUUUAUGCUGUUAUGGAGAAAUAUAAAUUCAAACCUGACCGUAUUCUCAAUACAGAUGAAACAGGAAUUACAACAGUAUUGCAAAGUCCUAAAGUAAUUGCACAAACUGGAAAGAAACAAGUUGGACAAGCUGUGUCUGGAGAACGUGGAGAAUUAGUUUCUUUUUGUGGCAUUGUAUCUGCAACUGGCAAUUCCAUUCCUCCUGUUUUUAUUUUCCCCCGAGUGAAGUAUAAGGACUAUUUUCUAAGUGAUGCUCCGACUGGAAGUCUAGGUUUGGCUACGAAAAGUGGAUGGAUGACAAAAGAGUUAUUUCCAACUGUUUUGCAUCAUAUAAAAGAACACACGAAAUCUGAUAUUGAGAACCCAAUUCUGUUAUUAAUUGAUAACCAUAAUUCCCAUAUUUCAAUUCAAGCUAUUACAUAUGCAAAAGAAAAUGGUAUCAUAUUGCUUUCUUUUCCGCCACACUGCUCUCAUCGGCUACAACCGUUAGAUGUUGCAGUUUAUGGUGCGUUUAAAGCGGCAUGCAAAGUCGCAUUUAAUGACUGGUUGCUGAAUAAUCCUGGUAAAACAGUAUCAAUCUAUAAUAUUCCUUCAUUAGCAGCCAAAGCAUAUUACAGAUCCUUUACGCCAACUAACAUAAUGUCAGGAUUUAAAAAAUCUGGCAUUUUCCCAUUAAACAGACUGGCAUUUGGAGAGGAGGAUUUUUUUUGCAGUUACGUUACUGACCGUGAAAACCCGGGAAGCAAUGCAAAUGCUGCAGAGCAUAGUGUGAUAAAUGAAGAUCUACAAGAAAAUGAAUUAGAAGAUGGUCAAACUGUGCUACUACAACCAACUACUCCUGAAUCUGUACGACCACUUCCUAAAGCUGCCCCAAGGAAAAAGAAAAACUUGCUAAGGAAAGGAAAAUCAAGAGUGUAUACAAGUACACCUGAGAAAAGAAGGAUAGAAGAAAUGGAAAAAAAUAAGCUUAUUAAAGAAGGAAAAGGCGAAAGAAAAAAAAGAAAAAUUCUUUUCUCUAAGGAGAGCAAAAUGACAAAAAAAAAUCUGUCUACCUCUUCUGAUUCAGAAAGCUCUGUAUCAAGACAAGAUCGAUCAUCAGAGUUUGAGGAAACCAUAUUAAAACCUAUUACAGACACAGAUUUAAUAGGCAUUAAUGACUUUGUGUUGGUCAGGUUUCCUAAAAAAAAUAAUGUUUUUCACUAUGUUGGAAGAGUUGAAGCGUUAUACGGAUCAGAGGAUUUCGAUAUACAAUUCCUCAGAAAAAAAGAGGGACAAAACAGUUCUUCUAAGCUAAGUGAAUCUUUCUUUUUCCCUGCUGUAAAAGAUGUUUCACAAAUUUCCCGACAUGAAAUUGUAGCCAAACUACCAUUGCCGGACAUAGCUGGUCGUACACUUCGAACUGCUUCACAAAUAACUUUUAAUGUUGAUUUGUCAAAUUAUAUCGUAAAGUAGAAGAAAAAUUUCAAUUCUACAAUCAUUUUCAAAUAAAUAAAAUUUAAAAAAUA